GUCGGAGGGAGAACACCAGGCGCGGCGCGGGCGGCUCGGCUCGGCUCCGGCCCGGGAGAGCGCGAUGGCGAGCAGCGACAGCACCUACGCGACCGAGAGCUUCCUCGGCUCCGACGGGGACGAGGAGGCGACCCGGGGGCUGGAGACCGAGGAGUCGGAGGGCGAGGAGGACGAGACGGCGGCGGAGUCGGAGGAGGAGCCGGACGCCAGGUUAUCAGACCAGGAUGAAGAGGACAAGACCAAGCAGGAGUGUAUCAUAUCUGACCCCUCCUUUUCCAUGGUGACAGUUCAACGGGAAGACAGUGGAAUAACCUGGGAGACCAAUUCAAAUCGAUCUUCUACUCCUUGGGCCUCAGAAGAAAGUCAGACUUCUGGUGUGUGUAGUCUGGAAGGGUCGACUGUGAAUUCUCCUCCAGGAAAUGUUUCCUUUGUUGUGGAUGAAGUUAAAAAGGCUCGGAAAAGAACUCACAAGGCAAAGCGUGGCUCACCAUCAUUGCGUCGGAAAGCCAACAAAAAAAGAAAUUCUUUGGAAUCCCAAGAUGUUCCAGCAAACAAAAAAGACAAUCCCUUAAUUUCAGAAAGCAUCGAGAAAGAGAAGUCAUACACUGGCAUUUAUGAUAAAACAAGAAAAAAGAAGACCGCUUCAAAUACACCUCCUAUUACUGGGGCAAUAUACAAAGAACACAAGCCGUUAGUGUUAAGGCCAGUCUACAUAGGAACAGUACAAUAUAAAAUUAAGAUGUUUAAUUCAGUUAAAGAAGAAUUAAUCCCUUUACAAUUUUAUGGAACAUUGCCAAAGGGUUACGUAAUUAAAGAAAUACAUUAUAGAAAAGGGAAAGAUGCAUCUAUUAGCUUAGAGCCAGAUUUGGGCAAUUAUGAUUCUAACACAGUUUCCAAAACAGGCAAAUCAGUAGCCCGAAGCAUAGAAGAUGAAAAAGUAAAAGAGCUUGCCCCACCCUGGAGAAGUACACUCUUCAAAGGAUCAAAGUCCCUGACCUCAUUAUUCAGUCAUGAAGAUCAAAACAAAACUGACGUUGAUUCCUCCUUAAAUGCCACGUCUGCAUCAGAGCACACAGUUUCCUCUUAUUCAAGUAAUGACACAGAAGAACAAGAAACACAGCCCAGGCCUCCACAGUCAGUACCACAACAGCCAGACAAUGAAGCAAAAACCCAUGAAAUGGAGCCUUCCCCUCUGUCACCUGAUACAUCUGCUACUGUGUUCCCGGAAACAGAAAAGGAAGAAUUUGAACUUGCUUCCCACACAGCUGUAACUCCAGAGAACGACUCUUCAGUCUCACCAUCUUUAGCUGAUGAGGUACAGAAGGAAGAUAUGUAUUCUGCUGACCGUUCCAUUUCACUGGAGGCAGAGAAGGAUUUUCUGGAGAGAGGUUCACCAGGUCUGGCAGCAUCUACUCAGGAAGCUUUUGGCCCAGACAACGAACAGCUAGACCUGACUUCGCUAGAAAGGGCAGAACCAGUCUCUGAACAACUGACCCCUCCUCAUCCUAAUGUCAAAGGAGAGAAGGACGAAAAUGUGCUUGAGCCAUCCAUGUCUCUUUCGGAAUCUCUAGUGUUAGAAGAACCAGAGAAAGAAGACAUAGAAACUUCCCUACCAAUAGCUGCCACUCCUGAGCCUGAAGAUUCUAAUAUAACGGAAGAAGAGAUCAUAGAACUUGAAUACCCAGAAAGUCCAUUAGUUUCUGAGAAGCCCUUCCUACCACGUUUGUCUCCUGAAGUGGAGCACAAAGAAGAGGAACCUGUUCUGCCACUACCGACAACAUCAACUCCUGCACGCGGCACUUUAUCUGAGGAAGAAAGAGAGGAAAAUGAAUCUGUUUCUACUGAUUCUGCUUUUGUGUCAGAGUAUUCAGUACCACAGGAUUUGAACUAUGAACUAGAGGAACGAGAAGUUGAGCCAGUUUCUCCAUCCAGUGUAAAAACUAUAGCUGAAGAUAUAGUUUUAUCAGAAGAGGAGAAUGAGAAAUGUGAGCCCCGUUCUCCAGCUGUGGCCUCUGCAUCUGAGCAUUCUCUCUGGCCAUCCACAACUGAGAAGCCUUUGGAACACCAGUCUCCACUGUUUUCCACAGUUACACCAGAGCACGUGGUCCUGUCAGGAGAUGAGGACUCAGAAAGUGGGCGUUACACGCCAGAGUCCACAUCUACUUCUGAAUAUACAGUCACCUCCCAUGCAGCAAAAGAGUUGCUGAAGGAAACAAUUGACCAUAAGACCCCACUAAAAUCAAAAGGUGUUUCUGAGCAUAUGAUUCUCUCAGAAAAGAAAGAAGACACUGGAUCAUAUUCCCCAGCUGUGGCCUCUGAAUCUGAACGCUCUGUUUCACCAUCCACAGCUGAGGAGACUUUGGAAAGCCAGUCUCCACUGUUUUCCACAGUUACACCAGAACACGUGGUCCUGUCAGGUGAUGAGUCCUCAGAAAGUGGGCGUUACACACCAGAGUCCACAUCUGCUUCUGAAUAUUCAGUCCCAUCACACGCAGCAAAAGAGUUGUUGAAGGAAACAAUUGACCAUAAAACCCCGCUAAAAUCAAAAGGUGUUUCUGAGCACAUGGUAUUGUCAGAAGAAGAGAAGAAAGACAUUGGGCCAUAUUCCCCAGCUGUGGCCUCUGCAUCUGAACACUCUUUCCCACCACACACAACUGAGAUAACUUCUGAAUGCCAGGCCCCACCACUCUCCACCACCCCAUCUGAACAUGUGCUAUCAGAAGAAGAGAUUGUGGAAAUGGAACGGUGUACACCCUCUUCCACGUCUGCUUCUGAAUUCUCAGUACCACCGUUUGCAACACCAGAGUCACAGGAGGAAGAAAUUGUCCACAAUUUCCCUCUAAAUGUAAAAGGUGCCUUAUCACCCAUGAAUUUAUCAGAAGAAGAUCAAGAAGACAUUGGACCUUUUUCUCCAGAUUCUGCAUUUGUGUCAGAAUUCUCAUUUCCAUCCUAUGAAACUCAGGAAACAGAGAAAAGAGAAUUUGAGCGUGAUUCUCCAAUAUGUUUAACAUCACCAUCUGAACACACUAUCUUGUCAGAUGAAGAUACUGAAGAAACUGGACUUUUUUCUCCAGACUCAGCAUCACAAGUUUCAAUCCCACCAUUUAAAGUCCCAGAAACAGAGAAAAAUGAAACUGAGCUGGAUUCAUUAUUAACUGAAGCAUCUGCUUCAGAAUAUUCCUGCUUUUCAGAAACAGACGAGGAACAAAUUGGAUCAACAGCUGCUACACCUGUACCUGAGCAUUUCAGUUCAUCACAGAAGCAAAACGCUGAACCUUUCCCUUUGAUAUCUGCACUAGAAGACUUGAGUCUGCCACCUUCAGGAAAUAAACCAGAGAAAGCGGAAAAUGAGCCAGAUGUUCAAACAACUUCAACAUCUGUAUCUGAAUAUCUCAUUUUGACACACAAGCAGAAAACUCAAGCAUCUUUGGAGCCUCAGUCUGAAGACUUGAUUCCACCAUAUUUAAACAGUGAAUCGGAGAAGGGAGAAACGAAGACUAGUCCAUCGGUAGCUGCAACAUCUGCUUCUUUACUUGCACAGUCAUCCAUGGCCAAGGAAGAAACCAAACCUGUUUUGCCUGCAUCUCAGUAUUCAGUUUCACCUGAUUCACUCCAUGCAAUUAAGAAAGAACAGGAACCUAAAUCAUCACUUACUCUAAAAGCUGCAGAUGAACAGAUGGCUUUGUCAAAAGUCAGGAAGGAAGAAAUUGUGCCCGAUUCUCAAGAAGCUACAGCACAUGCAUCACAGGAUCAAAAAAUGAAGCCUCAGCCUCCAAAUGUUCCAGGGUCUGGGAUGGAAUAUUCAGUUUUGCCUGAAUUGGUAGAUGAGCCAAAGAAGGAUGUCAAACCCAAUUUAGCUCCAAAUGUGACUUCUAAACAAGAACAGAGAAUCUUGUCCAAGAAUGAACCCGAAGUAAUAAAACCAUAUUCACCUCUAAAGGAAACAUCUUUAUCUGCACCUGAAGUUUUAUCAGUAGUGAAAACGGAAGUGAAACAUGAUUCUAAAAUAAUGACAACACCUAGAGUGCUUCAUUCAGCUUCAUCAGGAGUGGCAGAGGAAGUCGAACAUGGUCCACCUGCACCAGCAUUUUCAGCUUUGUCAGAAGAAGUAAACAGAGAAACUGAACCCAGUCCCUCAACAACCACAACAUCUGUAACUAAGCUGGAUUCAAAUUUAACCCAAUUGGUAAAAGAAAGAAUCCCAACAGAUUCAUCUCUUGCCACCCCUCUAGAUCGUCCAGUCUUAACAAAAGUAGGAAAGGGUGAAUUAGGAAGUGGUUUGCUACCACUGAAAACAUCUACAGAUGAGCAUUCUGUUCUUAAAGAAGGAGAAAAGGUAGAAAUUAAAGAUACUUCUCCCAUUGAAAUUUCUUCAUCCAAACCUUUAGCUUGGUCAGAAGCAGAAAAGGAGGUUAAACUUGAUUCACCUCUAAGUGUCUCCUCUAUAUCAGAGCAUUCUAUUUUGUCAAAGGUAGAAACCGAAGAAGUUAAGCCUGCAUUGCCAAUAACCAAAGCAUCAUCUCAGCAUUCAGAUGUAUCUGAGCAAGCAAAGGUAGAAGACAAACCAAGUCUUCCAUUUUCUAUAGUCCUUGACUCUGAAUAUUUGAUUUUAUCACAGAAAAAUAAUUUAUUGUCUGCCUCAGAGGUGUCAGGGCCUGAACAUGUGCUUUCACUCAACCUAAGUGGUGAGAUAAAGAAAGAAGAAACUAAACUUCGUUUAUCACAAAAUGUGUCUCCUGCACCCAAAGAUAUACUUCCAAAAAGCAAAGAUGAGGAAAUAGCAAGUUCUUCUGAUUUUGAAAAUUUAGUGUCAGGAGAUUUAGCCCCGACAUUAUUGACCCUCAGUGAUGAUAAGAACAAACAGGCAAUGGAGGCAUCUCCUACAGCUCAGGGAGAUUUCUUGUCAGAUAAACGAGAUAUUGCUCUGACAAAGCUCUCUUUGGAGCCUGAGAAGAAAGACGAGCUACACCAACCAUCAGAAUUACCAAAGGCUGAAUCAGAAUUCACUAAUGGUUUAGGUAGACAAAGUGGAUCCAUAGGUACCAAACAAGUAAAAUCUCCCAUAAUUGAAACAGGGGAUUCUGUUUUAGAAAAGGACCUAGCUGAGCUUAGGAGUAGAGAAGGAAAAGAAGAAAACAGGAAACUUCAUGUACCUACCACAGUGCCUGCAAUUUCAGAGAUUUCAUCCUGCCUUGAGGAGGAACCUCAGAAUGAAGAAAUUAAACCUUUCUCUCCAAAGGUGGUUAGCCUAGGGUCAAAAGAAACACCUACCUCUCUAGUAGAAAGAGAUAACCCAGAAGAACUUCAGCCAUACAAUUGUUCUUUAAAAGAAGUAUCAGAAGAGUUGAACUAUUCAACUGACUUUAAAAAAGGGGAAAGUCAAGAAAUAGGCCCAUUACCACCAACAAGAAAGGUGAAGACACAAGUGAUGCAAGAUAUUGUAACUAAACUAAAUGAAGAAACAAGCCACCCAAAUUCAGCCUGCAUAUUCCAAAGUAUAACAGAACCAUCAAAGAUCACUUCUUCUGACCUCCUUGAGGAACAGAAGACUGAAAAAGGACUUCAUUCAGAUCAAGCUGUUAAAUUACCUGACAUAAGCACCUCUUUUGUAGAUAAACAAGAUCUGGGUAUUAAACAAGUUUUGUUUAUGAAAGAGAAUGUACCUUUGGAGCAAUCAAAACCAUUUAUGACAACCAAGACUGUAGAUGUUAAAGAAACAAAAAUGAAAGAGUCUUUUAUUACUCUAAAGGAUGAAAACUGGAUGUUGGAAAAGCCAGAAAAUUUGGCCAGUCAACAUGAAGAAAGAAUACUAGGAACUAUGGAGUCAGAUUCCUCUCGUGACGAUGAUCUAAUGACAGGGCAGCUUAAGGCUGCUGUGAUGGAUAAGGAUCAUGACUAUGAAAUCAGAAAGCACCCUCUGCCACAUUCUGCUGAAGAACCUCAUUUGCCAUUGCAAGGACCAGGACAUGCUCUUGAUACUUCUGGUGGUAAUGUAGAGCCCUUAUUAAGUAAAACCUCUUCUUUUGAAGAAGCAAAGAUGGCUCAAGAACCAACAUCUUUAGUUCUAGCUGGAAAGGUAGAGAAAAACAUAGAAGAGGAGAAGCAGAUCCAUUCUUUCAUGGGGAAUGAAAGUAUGAUAUUGGAGAAAUCAAACACAGAGUUUUCCAGGCCUUGCAAAGAAGAAAGCCAGGAAGAAAUCAAACUACCUCCUGAAAGAAUCCUCCAGAAACCAGUGUCUGGCCCAUCAGUGGAGCAGGUGAAGUCAGAAACUAUGCCCUCUCCUGUUAAAACAGCUCAUUUCUUGGCAGAAAUUGUAGAACCUUCACUGGGCAAUGAAGAAGCAGCACACUGGAGCACAUCUCCUUUACCUGGAGAAAAGCCAUUAGAAGAAUCAAAAAUGGUUCCAUCAAAGGUUGUAGAUGAUGCCAGUGAGGGAGGGAAACCAGCAGCUGAAGUGAAAAUGCCCACACAAAGGGAACCCCUCCCCUCAAUUCUAGCAGGUCAAGAAGCUCACCCCCCAGAGUCACCUGAGGAGACACAGAAGCUGCCUGAGCAGCCCAAGGUGGUUAAGCCAGCCCUUCUUGAGGAAAAGGGAAAGAAAGGAAUUUCAUCUUUCAGAUCAUGGAUGUCCAGUUUGUUUUUUGGAUCAAGCACACCAGAUAACAAAACUGCUGAAAGAGAAGAUUUAGAAACUCAGCCGAGUUCACCUGUAGAAAAAGCAGUGACUGUGAUAGAGCCUAAAGGCACAAUUCCCACUGAUUUUAAUGCAACUGAGAAACCAGCUGAUCCUUCAUUACCAGGGUUAAAACUUAAAACUACUGACGAAUCCAGAGGUACUUUAGUUAAAUCUAGUGAAAGUCAAGACUUUAAAGCACAGCCCACAUUGUUAUCAAAUGUAGAAGUUUUACAACAGCCGAAAUCUGAUUCUGAGGUGUCUAGUGAAGAUUAUGGGAAGAAAGAAAUCCCAGACUAUUCACAGAAAAUGAACAUAAAAUCAAUAGUUACUUCUGCUGAUGGUGAGGAACAUCUUGGAGCUCAACCUUUUUCACCCGCUGGUGAGAACUUGGUUGUGGAAGAAGCCAAAAAUGUUGCUCCUCUUAAGGCUACAGAAAGUAAAAAAGUCCAGAAGCCAGCAAUCGCUCCUCCAUCUACAUGGAAUAUUUCUAUUCUUCAGGAAGAGCCAAGAAGUGAUCAAAAAGAAAAAUCACUCCUUUCAUUUGAUGUAGUGGAUAAGGUGCCACAACAGCCUGAACCAGCUUCAUCUGUCUUCACAAGUAAAAAUAUCACCAAGGAAUCAGAGAAACCAGAGUCAAUAAUUUUGCCAGUAAAAGAAUCAAAAGGCAGUUUAAUUGAUCUUGGUGAAGACAGACUAAAGAAAGAAAUGCCAAAACCUAUUUCCUCGAAAAUUUCUGAAGAGGAAAUAAAACUCAGGUCUGUUAGCCCAGGUGAGGAGAAAGAUAACUUGGAAACCAGAUUGAAUAUCUUGGCAGAAAAGAAGGUGCUGGAAGAAAAACAAGACACUGUGUCCCCAUUAGAGCGUAGAGAUAAUAAUGAGGUAGGGAAGGCACAAAUUACACCAACUGAAUUGGAAGAAUCAAAAGCUGCUGCUAUGCUGCAGCAAGUCUGUCAAAAUGAAGACCACAGAGAAAGAUCCAAAAUCAUUGUCAGUUCUGAAGAGGAGAAAGGAGAAGAAAAACAAAAGCAGGCACGGGUGUUUUCAGAAGAAGAGAAGAAGCAGGAACAUCAGCCUUAUUCUGUGAAUGUAUCCAGGUCUAUGCCUAAAGAAUUAGAUGUUUCUUUAGAUCAUUCCUUGGGUGAAACUCAACCAUUUUCAUUAGCUACAUUAGUUAUUGAAAAAUCAGAAACCAAUCUCUCAAAGGCUCAUCCAGAGAUCAGAGAAACAAAGACAGUAGCAACCCAACCAUAUCCGUUAGGAGAAAACAAAGUUUUGGUGGAAAAAACCAAGACUUUCCUUCCAGCGGAUCUUUCUUGUCAUGAUGAAAUAGAUAACCGCUCUUUAUCUCAGGAAGGAAACCUGGUAUUAGAAAAAUCACACAGGGAUAUGCUAGGUUCCAGUGAAGAAAGGGGACAGUUCAAAGCAUCAGAGCUAUCCAAAGGUGGUUUAAUAGAUAUCACAAAACAAAGCGUGAAGCAAGGAUCUCCAUCUAAAGAAUCAGAAAGGAGUUUAGAUCGUCCUUUUGAUGAAACAAAGAACUUAGAAACACCACCAUAUUUGCUGUCAUCUGUAAAACCACAAACUAUUGCUUCAGGAGCUUCUCCAGGAAUUAAUACAGCCAAGAAACAAGAAAUACCAUGGUCAGAACCGACUCCAGAUAGGCAUACAGUUCAUACUAUUCAAACAUCUAAAGAUCACACAUCUGAUAUGCCUAAACAAUCUGUUCCUGUUUCAAAGCAGCACUUGGAGGCUGGGAAAGAUACCCACGUAAAUGAACCACUCUCUUCUGCAAGAAGCAACUAUGCUGAAUUUAUAACUAAUGCAUCAGCAAUCCAUGCUGAUAAAAUGGUUUCUACUCAAGAAAUGUCCAAGGAGCCUGAAGAAACAUAUACAAAAGAUGAAGAAUUUACAGUCACUAGUAAGCCAGCUGGACUUUCAGAAGAUCAGAAGAGUGCCUUUAGUAUCAUUUCUGAAGGCUGUGAGAUAUUAAAUAUUCAUGCUCCUGCUUUUAUUUUUUCAGCUGAUCAGGAAGAAAGUGAACAAAUGCAAGAUAAGUUAGAAUAUUUGGAAGAGAAGGCUUCAUUUAAAACUUUAUCACUCCAUGAUGAUAGAGAGGCAGUUGCUUGCCACAAAAUAUUAAAGAGCAAGUUAGAAGAUUCUGAUGAAAAAGUUGUGUCAUUGAAAGAAAAUAAAGAAGAAGAAACUCAUAAGACAAAAGAAGAGAUAGCCACAGAUUCCCAAACUGGUAAUUUAGCUUUUAUUCAGCCCACAAUUCCCAGUGAAGAGGAUUAUUUUGAAAAAUAUACUUUGAUUGAUUAUAACAUCUCCCCAGACCCAGAAAAACAGAAAGCACCACAGAAAUUAAGUGGUGAAGAGAAACUCUCAAAGGAAGUUAUAAAAGAGACUAUCUCUUUCCCAGAAAGUUUGGAAGAACACACCCUAGAACAUGAAUAUGAUUUGGUGAAAUUAGAUGAAAGUUUUUAUGGACCAGAAAAGGACCACAGCAAAGAAUCUUAUCCAGAGACCCAAAAGUCUUUGGUUAUCCAAAAAUCAGCUGACAGAAAUGUUUCAAAGGGCAUAAAUAGAGAUGUGGACUCAAAGUCACCUGGGAUGCCUUUAUUUGGGGCAGAGGAAGGAGUUUUAUCACAAACCCAAAUAUUUCCUACUACUGCUAAAGCCAUUAAUCCAGAACUUCUGGAGGAGCCACCUGCACUUGCAUUUCUAUAUAAGGAUCUGUAUGAAGAAGCAGUUGGAGAGAAAAAGAAGGUAGGGGAGACAGCUUCUGAAGGUGACAGUGUGAAUUCUGAGGCAUCAUUUCCAAGCAGACAUUCUGACACUGAAGAUGGAGCAGGAAUAUAUUUUGAGAAGUACAUACUCAAAGAUGACAUUCUUCAUGACACAUCUGUAACUCAAAAGGACCAGGGCCAAGGUCUGGAAGAAAGAGUUGGUAAGGAUGAUUCAUAUCAACCAAUAGCUGCAGAAGGAGAAAUUUGGAAGAGGCUUGGAACUACUUUGGGGGAGAAGAGUCUGGAAGAUGAACAGCAAGCAAUGUACAGUGAAGGAGAAUCAGUAGGCCAUGUGGAGACCCCCAGUAAUGUGGCGAUGCAGAGGAAAGUUCCCAUCACUGAGGAAGUCAGAGUGGUUACCCAGAAGAUAAGUUAUGCGGUUCCAUUUGAAGACACCCAUCAUGUUCUGGAGCCCAUAGAUGAAGCAAGCAGUCAGGGUAACCAAGCGGGAAAUGCAAGUCCAGAGGUCAAUCUGAAUGUCCCAGUACAAGUGUCCUUCCCAGAGGAAGAAUUUGCAUCUGGUGCAACUUAUGUUCAAGAAACACCACAAGAAGAACCUAAAAUCCUGGUCCCACUUGAGCCAAGUGAAGAGAGGCUCCGCAAUAGCCCUGUUCAGGAUGAGUAUGAAUUUGCCGAAUCUCCAAAUUAUGGAGUGGUUACUCAAGACAUUUUACCAGAAGAACUAUAUUCAGAAUCCACACCUGAAGAUGUGUCAUCUCAAAGAAAGGAAUCCUUUGGACACAUCAGUGAAAAUGAAUUUGUGAGUGAGGCGGAACAAAGUCUGUCUGCUGAACAGAGAGAGUUGGGCAGAGAGAGGAAAGAACGUGAUCACUUACCAUCAGAGUUAGUAACUGAAAAGGCACAAACGGAACUGAAAAAGUCCCAGAUCGACACAUAUUGCUACACCUGCAAAAGCCCAAUUUCUGCUACUGACAAGGCAUUUGGCACCCACAAAGACCAUGAGAUUUCAACACUUGACACAGCUAUAAGUGCUGUGAAGGUUCAAUUAGCAGAAUUUCUAGAAAAUUUACAAGAGAAGUCCUUGAGGAUUGAAGCCUUUGUUAGUGAGAUAGAAUCCUUUUUUAAUACCGUUGAGGAAAACUGUAGCAAAAAUGAGAAAAGGCUAGAAGAACAGAAUGAGGAAAUGAUGAAGAAGGUUUUGGCACAGUAUGAUGAGAAAGCCCAGAGUUUUGAGGAAGUGAAGAAGAAGAAGAUGGAGUUCCUGCAUGAGCAGAUGGUCCACUUUCUGCAGAGCAUGGACACUGCCAAGGACACCCUGGAGACCAUCGUGCGGGAGGCAGAGGAGCUCGACGAGGCCGUCUUCCUGACGUCGUUUGAGGAAAUCAAUGAAAGGUUGCUUUCUGCAAUGGAGAGCACUGCUUCUUUAGAGAACAUGCCUGCUGCAUUUUCCCUUUUUGAACAUUACGAUGACAGCUCUGCAAGAAGUGACCAGAUGUUGAAACAAGUGGCUGUUCCACAGCCUCCUAGAUUAGAACCUCAGGAACCGAAUUCUGCCACUAGCACCACGAUUGCAGUUUACUGGAGCAUGAACAAGGAAGAUGUCAUUGACUCAUUUCAGGUUUACUGCAUGGAGGAGCCACAAGAUGACCAAGAAGUAAAUGAGUUGGUAGAAGAAUACAGAGUGACAGUGAAGGAAAGCUACUGCAUUUUCGAAGAUUUAGAACCUGACCGAUGCUAUCAAGUGUGGGUUAUGGCCGUGAACUUCACUGGAUGCAGCCUGCCCAGUGAAAGGGCAAUUUUCAGAACAGCACCGUCCACCCCGGUGAUACGUGCAGAGGACUGUACCGUGUGUUGGAACACAGCCACUGUCCGAUGGCGGCCCGCCAACCCAGAAGCAACGGAGACCUACACUCUGGAGUACUGCAGACAGCACUCCCCAGAGGGCGAGGGCCUCAGAUCUUUCUCUGGAAUUAAAGGACUCCAGCUGAAAGUUAACCUCCAACCCAAUGAUAAUUACUUUUUUUACGUGAGAGCCAUCAAUGCAUUUGGGACAAGUGAACAGAGUGAAGCUGCCCUCAUCUCCACCAGAGGAACCAGAUUUCUCUUGUUGAGAGAAACGGCUCAUCCUGCCCUACAAAUUUCCUCCAACGGGACCGUGAUCAGCUUCACUGAGAGGAGAAAGCUGACGGAGAUCCCUUCGGUGCUGGGCGAGGAGCUGCCUGCCUGUGGCCAGCAUUACUGGGAAACCACCGUCACAGACUGCCCAGCUUAUCGCCUCGGCAUCUGCUCCAGCUCAGCUGUGCAGGCCGGGACCCUGGGACAAGGCGACACCUCGUGGUACAUGCACUGCUCCGAGCCACAGAGGUACACAUUUUUCUACAGCGGCAUCACAAGCGAUGUUCAGGUGACUGAGCGGCCGGCCAGAGUGGGCAUUCUGCUGGACUACAACCACCAGAGGCUGCUGUUCAUAAAUGCCGAGAGUGGACAGUUGCUCUUCAUCAUUAGGCACAGGUUUAAUGAGGGUGUUCACCCUGCCUUUGCCCUGGAGAAACCUGGGAAAUGUACUCUGCACCUGGGCAUAGAGCCCCCAGAUUCUGCAAGGCACAAGUGAUCCUUGGCUUUCAGAGUUUGCAAGAGCAAUAAUUUAAAUUUUGGGGAGGGGGGGGUCUGUUGUUCUUUCCCCCAGGUGCUAUACAUUAUUCAAAAAGUCUCCCACACAUUUGCACUAAUGAUGGCUGUGUGCACAGCAGUCAGCACCUGAGCACAGCCCAGAAGAAAACUUUCACUUUCGGAGCAGUGUGUGAGUAAAGAGGAUGAAAACAACCACAGCUCUUUGGUUUAUAUGCAUUUGAGUUCUUUCCUAAACUAAGAGGUCUUACACUUGACUUGGGAAUCAAAAUAGAGCAAUAGACUUCCACCUGUUUUGUUGGUCGAAGAGCCCCUCUGAUGGACAGGUUGGAGCGAAGGGUAGGUCGUGCUGGUCUGGCAUCUCCUCUGACAAAGAGAGAUGGACAUUUUCCACAAGAAAAAUGUCCCCUUACUUUGCUAAAGGAUGAUGAAUCCCAAUCAUUAGAGAAAGUGUUUUACCUGAGCUAAAUUUAUACUGAACUCUUUUGUAAUAAUGUAUACUGUAGAACAUGAGCUUCUUUUCCCUGAAAUUUUAAAUGUAGAAAACCGUUAGAUAUUAGAACUUUCCAUUUUGUUAAAUAAAUGGUUAGAGUCUAUAAAACCAAA